AUGGCCGAGAUCAAGAUUGACAGCAAGGUCUUCCAGGAGCGCAUCUCGCACUUUGUGACUGCCUGGAAGAAUGACCUCCGAAGCAAGGAUGGCCUGUUCGGCGGCGCCCAGUCCAUGAUCGUGAUGAUGGGCAAGGUCGAGGAGAUUCCCGAGUUCCACAAGAACAAUGCGAUUCACUUCUGGCUCCUAGGCUACGAAUUCCCGACUACACUGAUGCUGUUCACCCUGGACACGCUGUACAUUCUCACGACAGCCAAGAAAGCGAAGCAUCUCGAACAGCUCAAGGGCGGCCGAUUCCCCAUCGAAGUACUCGUGCGAGGCAAGGACGCUGCCGAGAACGAGAAGCUCUUCAUCAAGGUUACCAACAAGAUCAAGGAAGCAGGAAACAAGGUCGGCACCAUCUCCAGGGACACCUCCCGAGGCCCCUUUGUCGAAGAGUGGAAGAAGCUCUUUGCGGAGCAAUGCAAGGACGUCACCCAAGUCGAUGUGUCAGCGGCGCUCUCGACUCACGCCUUUGCUGUCAAGGACGAGAGCGAGCUCCGAGCGAUGCGAACCGCUUCCAAGGCCUGCGUGGCCCUGAUGACCCCCUACUUCCUCGAUGAAAUGUCCAACAUCCUCGACGCCGAGAAGAAGGUCAAGCAUUCGGCGCUUGCCGAGAAGGUCGACAAGAAGCUCGACGACAACAAGUUCUGGCAGACAGUGCAACUUCCGAGCAAGGCGAAGCUCCCCUCCGACCUUGACCCGACCCAGCUGGACUGGAUCCUGGGACCUUCGAUCCAGAGCGGCGGCAAGUACGAUCUCCGAUUUGCGGGCGAGCCCAACGACGACAACCUCCAUGCCGGCAUCAUUAUCGCCGCCAUGGGUCUCCGAUACAAGUCGUACUGCUCGACGAUCGCACGAACCUACCUGGUCGAUCCCAACAAGUCCCAGGAGAGCAGCUACAAGCUCCUCACCCUCAUUCACAACACCAUCAUCAAGGAGAUCCGAGAUGGUAUGACGGCAAAGGAUGUGUACGCCAAGGCUCUGAGCAUCAUCCGAAGCAAGAAGCCUGACAUGGAGAAGCAUUUCCUUAAGAACGUCGGCUGGGGUAUUGGAUUGGAGAACAAGGACCCAACCUUGGUGCUCAACGCCAAGAACCAGAGGACCCUGAAGGACGGCAUGACUUUGAUCAUCAACACUGGAUUCCAAGACAUCGAGAACCCCCAGCCUCAGGACAAGCACAGCAAGGUGUAUGCCCUUGUUCUUACCGACACCAUCCGAGUCACAUCCGCAGAGCCUGUUGUGUUCACAGCCGAGGCGCCCACUAGCGCUGACGCAAACUCGUUCUUCUUCAAGGACGAUGAGGAGGCCGAGCCUGCCCCAAAGAAGGAGAAGAAGGACUCUCGUGUCGGUGCCGUUGCUACUAAGAACAUCACAAACACAAGACUCCGCUCCGAGCGUACAACUCAAGUCGCCAAUGACGAUCUUGAAAAGAAGCGACGCGAGCACCAAAAGGAGCUCGCGGCCAAGAAGCAAAAGGAAGGUCUGGCGAGAUUCUCAGAAUCCACCAGCGGCCAGAACGGUGGCGAGGUCAAGAAGUUCAAGCGAUUCGAAUCAUACAAGAGAGACAACCAGUUUCCCCCCAAGAUCAAGAAUCAGGAGAUCAUUGUUGACGUCAAGAACAACACCGUCGUCCUCCCCAUCAUGGGACGCCCUGUUCCGUUCCACAUCAACACUAUCAAGAACGCUAGCAAGAGCGAUGAGAAUGACUUCUCUUUCCUGCGUAUCAACUUCCUGUCUCCUGGUCAGGGCGUGGGAAGAAAAGAUGACCAGCCAUUCGAAGAUGCCACAGCACACUUUGUGCGAAGUUUGACCUUCCGAUCGUCUGAUGGAGAGAGAUACAAUGAGAUAGCGAAUCAGAUUUCCAACAUGAAGCGUGACGCGGUCAAGAAGGAGCAGGAGAAGAAGGAUAUGGAGGAUGUCGUUGAGCAGGACAAGCUAGUGGAGAUCCGAAAUCGGCGACCGGCUGUAUUGGACAAUGUCUACAUUCGACCUGCCAUGGAGGGCAAGCGAGUGCCCGGAAAGGUUGAGAUUCACCAGAACGGUAUUCGAUAUAUCUCACCCCUGAACGCACAGCAUAGAGUGGAUGUGUUGUUCUCCAACGUCAAGCAUCUUUUCUUCCAGCCUUGCCAACACGAGCUGAUUGUCAUCAUCCACAUUCACCUCAAGGACCCCAUCAUUGUGGGCAACAAGAAGAAGACCAAGGAUGUGCAGUUCUACCGAGAAGCGACGGACAUCCAGUUCGAUGAGACGGGUAACCGCAAGCGCAAGUACCGGUACGGUGAUGAGGAUGAGUUUGAGGCAGAGCAGGAAGAGCGACGCCGGAGAGCAGACCUCGACCGACUCUUCCAGGGUUUCGCCCAGAAGAUUGCCGAGGCUGGUCGCAACGAGGGUAUCGAAGUUGAUAUGCCCAUCCGCGACCUUGGAUUCCAUGGUGUGCCGUUCCGCAGCAAUGUCUUCGUCCAGCCUACCACAGACUGCCUUAUCCAGGUUGUUGAGCCUCCUUUCAUGGUCAUCACUAUCGAGGAGGUUGAAAUCGCGCACUUGGAACGUGUUCAGUUCGGCUUGAAGAACUUUGAUAUGGUCUUUGUCUUCAAGGACUUUACACGAGCACCUUACCACGUCAACACCAUCCCUGUUGAGUUCCUCGACCAGGUCAAGGACUACCUGGACUCUUCCGACAUUGCCUAUACGGAAGGACCUCUCAACCUGAACUGGCCUACCAUCAUGAAGACAGUCACAGCAGACACUCACCAGUUCUUCGUCGACGGAGGUUGGUCCUUCCUCCAGGCCGACUCGGACGAGUCUGGCGGUGAGGACAUGUCGGAAGAGGAGUCAGCGUUUGAGAUCGAUGACGAUGAGCUUGACGAGGCGUCCGAAUCUAGUGAGGAGGACUCCGACUUUGGCAGCAACGCCAGCGAUGAUGAUGACGACGAGGAUGCUGAACUCGACAGCGACGAGGAGGGUGAGGACUGGGAUGAGUUGGAGCGCAAGGCGAAGAAGCGAGAUCGUGAGAGCGCCAUGGAGGACGAGGACCGUGGCAGCAAGAAGAAGCGCAAGCGCUAA